UACAGGUCUAUACAUUUUUUAAAAUGUGGCUAAUGGUUUAUGUUAACGUGUGUGGCUUCUUUGUAUUUUCUAGAACUGUUUCACUCUUAGAAAACAUAUGUUUUCCUGGUGCCUGACAUAUUACCCUAAGCUACAGAAAUGCUUAUUUUGUUAUCCCUGGAAUUUUGAUGAAUGUUGUUGUGUUCUAGGUCUUAGCUCAAGUUGGUUGGAGCUUUCACUUUCUCUUUUUUAUUUGACAAGAUUUGCUUUUGUGAGGGUAGUUAGUAGCACUUCAUUAAGUACUUUGAAAUCUGAAGUGAUUAUAUAAAAAAUGUUGGAAGAAUCUUGUUAUGCUUAUUUUCCUAUAGCAUAUGGUGGAAGCAUAUUAAAAAUUUGAGUAUUUGAAUGGUUAUGUCAAUAUUGAGUGCAAGGUAUAGACUGCUCGCCCAUGAAUAUUCCUCUAUGACAUACCACGAGCAACUAGUUAGCAAGCUACCCAUUACUCUACUAUUUUCUCAUCUAUAUAUGUUCCCCCUUUAGAAUGAGUUUAUCAUUGAAAAAUCUGUGAUUUCAGUGUCCUAGGUGAUAUAGAAAUAGAACUAAUUAUCUGUACUUGGAUUUCGUAGUAAUUUGAGUCACGCAUGCCAAAUGCAUAAUGCCGUAAUCCUAAAAGACUAUGCGGGCCUGUAAUUAUAAUGUGUUCAGCCUCCCUUUUCUCUUUCAAUUUUAAACAUAAAAUUUUGAAGUUUGUUAUUUUAUUUUACAUCCUUUUCUCUCUGCCUAUCUUUUCUGAUUCAAUUUCAUAAUUUUUAGUCAUCCUUUUCAUAUUAGUGAUUUUUUGCGGGCUUUAAUGAAAUUUUAUGUCUAUUAACAACGGUCAUUCAUUUUUGCAUGCAACUGCUUGUCAACUAUGAAUGGGAGAUGAGGAGAUGUGAAACAACUCCCUAAUAAAAUAGGCAGCGAGUUCCCAUCAUUUAAAAGAGUGCGCAAAAUUCGAAAUGAUGGCUUUUUAUUGUUGCCCAGAGGUUGGUAUUCCUCAAUGGGAAAACGAUAAAGAAGCAGAAAUUUUACGUGUUGGACAUGUCAAACCUGAAAUACUUAGCUGGUCACCGCGAAUAAUUGUAUUACACAACUUUUUGAGCAUGGAGGAAUGUGACUAUCUAAGAGCCACAGCCCUCCCUCGCCUUCAAACUUCCACAGUGGUUGAUGCAAAAACAGGGAAGGGAAUGAAAAGUAAUGUAAGGACGAGCUCUGGAAUGUUUCUGAGUUCUGAAGAGAGGAAGUCUCCGAUGGUACAGGCAAUUGAAAAAAGGAUAUCAGUGUAUUCCCAAGUGCCGAUAGAAAAUGGGGAGCUCGUCCAAGUUUUAAGGUAUGAAAAGAGUCAGUUUUACAGGCCCCAUCAUGACUACUUCUCUGACACUUUUAACUUGAAGCGCGGUGGUCAGCGUGUAGCAACAAUGCUGAUGUAUUUAAGUGACAAUGUUGAGGGGGGAGAAACAUACUUUCCCAUGGCUGGUUCAGGUGAAUGCAGUUGUGGUGGGAAGAUUGUCAAAGGGUUGUCUGUAAAGCCUAUUAAAGGAGAUGCUGUGCUUUUCUGGAGCAUGGGGCUAGAUGGACAGUCAGAUCCAAAAAGCAUACAUGGAGGAUGUGAGGUUCUGGCAGGGGAGAAGUGGUCUGCUACAAAAUGGAUGAGGCAAAGAGCUACUUCUUGACUUCUUACAUUUCUUAUCUUAGGAAUUAAAAAAGGUGCUUCCCUUACAGAUAUCACCUAAACCACAUCUGCAUAUAAAUGAUUAGAGAAUGUGUAUAAGUGCAUUAAUAGUAAGUUACAAUAAAUAGAGGUCUAGUGUUGGUUUAUGAUUCUUUCUCCAAUAGAAGUCUAGUUUUAUGAUUCUGAUAUUAGAAGGUUGAGACUGAUCAUCAAUCCCAUGAAAGAACUAUCCUGGAACAUAUUCUCUUUAAUGUGUCCUUAUUAUUUUUGGUUACAGCUGGCCCUAAUAAUUCAUAACCGGAUUGGCAUGAAAA